UCUAAGACCUCUUAACAACCACCGUAUACGCGCGCGCACAGCUGCCGCUCAGGCGACACAAUUAAAACAUUUGCGUUUCCGAUCUCAAGAACAUUUCAGCUUCCAACGGAUAGCGUAGACAUCUCGCGAGUAAACCUGACUGAAGAAAUUUCGACGUUCAAGUCCAGCAGCGUACAGUCUAAAGAGGCAUAAACAGCGAGGGCACUUUGAUAACGGUGUGAAAUAUUCACGCUCGCGACUGUUAUUAUUUUUCUUGUUCGAGCGAGGUUCCUGGUUGACCUAGAAAAAAAUAUUUUCGAAGUGCAACUGGUAGUGGUUAAGAGACAAAAGGAGAAGAUCAUGCCUAAAGCAUUCCUUGUGAAGAAGAACAAGAGGCUGCACAGUGGCGGAGCUGGAUCGGUGGAAAAGAGGCAUUUUGAGUACGAUGCAGUUCCGGAAUAUCGCGCGGGCAAGAGUGAUGUGUUUUCCACUACGUCUGCGGUUUCAGAAAUUAUGCAUUCAUCGCCGAAGAAGGAUAAACCACCGGUGUUAACCUCGUUAAGUGCGCUGCUCACCUCAGCGCCUAACAACAACAUCACAUCAAGCGCCUUUAAACCUUUUAAAUUGGAAAAAGAAAAGGAAAAUUCUCCAGCCAAGAAAUUCAAGCCUAACCCGACGUCGAUCGAGAGCCGUGACAAGCCGAGUAAGAAUAAAGACAGCAGUUCAAACGGACGCGAAGCGCUUAACGAAAAACACACGGAUCAUGGUGGUAAAACCGCAGUUCUCGAACACAAGGAGUUUGCCAUUUGCCAAGAUAAGUUCGACUUUCCCAAGACCAAAGGUCCACUGCCUCAGUCUCAAUUUAUCUGCCAACUUUGUCAGGAGGUUUAUACAGAUCCAUUUUCGCUAGCCCAACACAGGUGUAGUGGAAUUCAGCACACUGAAUAUCGAUGCCCCGAGUGCGACAAAGUUUUCAGCUGCCCUGCCAACCUGGCUUCGCACCGCCGAUGGCACCGACCUCGUUCGCCGCACGAGAAAAAGCCAGCUCCGACCCAAUCGCCAUCUACGCGCGAUCAAGUAUCGAGCAGCCCGAAAGUUGGCGCCGAAGAGAGCAAAGUCGGCACCACAGCAGCGGAAUCCGAGUUACGAGCCACCAGCCCUGUAGGUAACAGCCAGGGACAAUUUGUGUGCGAAGUAUGCAACAAAACAUUCAGGCGCAAGGCCUAUCUGAGAAAACAUAUGAACAACCACAACGAUGAUCGCCCUUAUCCGUGCCAGUACUGUGGAAAAGUUUUCCGCAGCCUGACAAACCGCGCUAAACACGUUCUUAACCACGCCGUGGGACCUAAGACAUUUAUUUGUAACGUGUGCGGUAAUGGUUUUGCCAAUAAGGGAAGCCUUGAUCGACACGCAAGAAUCCACACAGGUGAAAUUUACUCUUGUAAACAUUGCUCUAGUACAUUUUAUAGCUCGCCUGGUUUGACUCGCCACAUUAACAAAUGUCAUCCACCCGAAAAUCGUCAAGUUAUAGUCCUGCAAGUCCCAGUUAGACAAGGCUGAACUUUUUUUCCUGAAAUAAGAGACAGAAAAAAAAUGCCACAAUGUAUAUUUGUUGUAUGAAAAUUGCAAAAAGUAUUCUAUUUACAAAGACGCGAGGACAAUGUGAUAGGGUAAAACCUUAUAAAUUUAAAAUGUAUUGUACAAAUUUUUAUGCAAGGGAAUUAUGGUAUAUUCAGACGAAUUCUUUCACAUGCUGUAAAUUUGCGAAAGACAGUUUAAAGUUAUAAGUAGUUCAAAUCUGUAUAAUUUUUUAUGUCCAAUUUGUUAGUUGACUAACGCGCGCUGUUAUGCAAGGCAAGUUGUGUUUGUUGUUUGAGAAGCGCGCAGCUGCUCCGUGGAAAAUUUCCCACUUUACUGAUAUUAAUAUUGUGUAGAAAGUUAGCGGAUUCUUUGAUGAAACGUUCCUAUUCAGUAAACGAAAGAAAAUAUUAAACUGCCUUUUGUUGCUCAUUUCAAGUUUUUAUGGUAGAUUUCCGCGGUUGAAGGUAUUGAGAACUCCUCGUCUAUAUGAAGCGCGCGCCUUCUAAUUUCGUAGAUAAAGUCGCUGACAUACGGUAAUCACCUCGUUG